AUGACACCACAUGAGAAAAAAGUGGUUAUGUAUGAUGAUGAUUUUUGUGAGUUGGGAAAAGAACUAGUUGUGUCACGGUCGGACGAAAGGGGGAGCAUCCCGAGUGGUGACAUGGGUAUUGAGUCUGACAAUGAUGUUGUGAUGGAUCAUGAGCCAGAUGAACAAACUUUACAAGAAAAAGAGAUCGUUCCGGUACGUAGAGGUCAGAGAGAAUGCAUCCCGUCAACUCGCCUUGAUGGAUUUGUCUUGUAUACUACACAUUGCUCCGAUGACCCACUCUCUCUCUCUCUUCAUACUCGUCUCCACCAGCAUCAUCGAAACAAGGUUGGGAAGUUCACCAAAUGGAUGUGCAUAAUGCAUUCUUGCAUGGCGACCUUGAAGAAGAAGUAUACAUGA